AUGGACUCCAGAGAGGAUGGGGACAGCUGGAUGGAAGAACAUUGGGAGAAAUGGUUAAUUCAUGAUAUCAGUCUGAAUGAAUAUGAGGAUGAUGACCUGUCAGAAGUUACAGAGAUCACAGAUGAGAAUGGAAUCACCCUUAACCAGCUCGAGCUGGACUCUGAAGAUCACAUGAGGCAGCUGGCCAAUGGUACGCCGAGGACCGGCUGGAGGAGGGGGGUGGUGGAACUGCAGACGGAGAUGCUCCACUUGGACCUGAUAGAUGCAGAGGGAGGAAUCCAGGAAGAAGAGGAGGAAGAGGAGAACGAGAGGUGGCUCGAUCCUGUCGAUGACAACCACAAGGAGGAACAGGGAGCAGGGCUGCCUGUCAUCCAGCCUAAGCUGAAGGAUUUCAUCCCUGCUGUUGCCAUGGACACCUACCGGCCUAAGAGACCAACAACCCUGAAUCUUUUCCCCCAAGUGCCAAGGACUCAGGACACAAUAAAUAACAAUUCAUUUGGUGAGAAAGAUAGGAGAAAAGAAAAGAAAACCCAUUCCUCGUCACCACAUAUUAAGGGGGAUCAGGCACCCAAACCUGAGCAAGUUAGUGGCACUGAUGGGGACAAAGUCCAGGCCAGAGCUGAUGCCAAAUCACGAGGCUCUACCUCCUCCACAAUCAAAGCAACAGCCUUUUGCAACAAGCAACAGGACAAGUUAUCCAAGUCUUUGAUCAACCCCACUGGGGUGGCGCCCUCCACACAGACAGUUAUGAAAGACAUAUCUGGGAAUGUCACUCUCAUAGAGGGUGUCCUUGACCUUGGUACGGUUUGUAAGGAAAAAGCCCAUUAUCACACUGAAAAUGGCUAUCGGGAACAAGGGCAGUACCCUGUGGAGAAUGGAGGAACGUUUCACCAGUUGGUUGACAAAAACAAGGAAUAUCGUAUAUCAGAAGGAAAUGCCACGGAGGAGAUCCACCUCACACCAGUUAAUGGUGAACAGGAGCGACAAUUUCUGUCGCAAAGCAGCGACAGCAAUCGCAUGUCCAUCAGUUCGGACACAGAGCUGCCUCCCUUGCACUAUUACCCAUUGGCAGGUUGUGCAAACCCUUCCAUUAGUGAAGAAGAUGAGGUAUACCCACCCACACCCCCUUGUAGGACUGUCAGCCUCAGCGACACAAGGGACACUAGUAAGUGGGUUGAAACCCAUAAGCCCAAAGUGGCGAAGGAGGACACAGGGACCUUAAAGAUGAUGGCCGUCAGCACAGAUGCUUCAGGACUUACGUAUGACUCUGUUAAGUACACCCUGGUGGUGGAUGAACAUGCUAAGCUUGAGUUAGUGAGCAUCAAGGACUGCUACAAAGGUUACGAUAGUGACAGUGACAACACCGUCUACGAGUCUGCCAUUGAUGAGGAUGAGGAGGAUCAGGAAGUGGACGAAGAAGAGGAAGAGUCGGGAGCAACUGGCAUGAGGAGAGACACUUCUUGUUUGUCUGCGGACUCAACCACUGACACCACUUCAGACAUGCCCCGCUCCCGCAAGUUCAUGAAUGUCUUUGUGAAUGGACGGUCACGCUUCUCUGGUGCUGAGUUUGGACUCUUCUCCUGUGUUAUUAAUGGAGAGGAAAGAGAACAAAGCCACAGAGCAGUGUUCAGGUUUAUUCCUCGGCAUGAUGAUGAGUUGGAAUUGGAGACUGACGACCCCUUACUCAUAGAGUUGCAGGCCGAGGAUCUAUGGUGCAAAGCCUACAACAUGCGCACUGGAUCCAGAGGCAUCUUCCCUGGACUUUACGCUGUGAAGGUGACAAAGGAUGAACACUUUAAAGAGGUCAAAGGUGAUUGGAUGGACAAAUUCUGGGUCAAAUUCCUUGGUUCUGUUCAAGUGCCAUACCACAAAGGGAAUGAUGUGCUUUGUGCUGCUAUGCACAAGAUCGCAUUAAACAGGAGAAAAUCGAUGCAGUUCAGUCCCCCUUCGCCUUGCAUUCUGGAAAUCAACACAAGAGGAGUGAAGAUCAUCAUUCAGGAUGACUGCCAGACUGCAGGAAGGGGAGAGAAGUGUUUUAACUUUUUUCAGUUGAAAAACAUAUCUUUCUGCGGAUGUCAUCCAAAGAACAACAAGUAUUUUGGACUGAUUACAAAACAUCCAGCAUACCAGAGAUUUGCCUGUCAUGUGUUCUUCUCAGAGGAUACCACCACAAAGCUGGCUGAGUCAGUAGGGAAAGCUUUUCAGCAAUUCUACAAAGAACAUAUGGAAUAUUCCUGUCUGACAGAAGAUAUCUUCCUCGAAUGACCUUCGAUACAUUCUUUUUUUUUUUUUUUUUUUGGCAUUACCACAUAAUAUAUGAGGUGUCGCAU